UGGCGGCUGAAGAUUACCUGCUUGACGGCUGCUGUCCUCCAGUGUGUUGACACGACGGAUUGCUUUUAGGAGCAACCUCUGGAAAGCUUCAGGAGGAAGGAUUUCUACGAUUUAUUACUGCGCGACGUGAGGAAAACGUUUGACUAAAGACAAAAUGGAACCGUCUGCCAGUCCGGCCAAGGAUACCUGCCGGAUGAACCGCUACAAGAACAAAGCCCUGAACCCCGAGGAGAUGCGGCGCCGGCGGGAGGAGGAGGGCCUCCAGCUCAGGAAGCAGAAACGAGAGCAGCAGCUCUUCAAGAGACGAAACGUGGAUAUGCUCAGUGAAGAGGCGGCCAUGUUUGAGAGUCCUCUGGUGGAUUCCUACCUCAACUCACCGGUCACAGAAGGGGUGAUAACCAGAGAAAUGGUAGAGAUGCUGUUCUCAGAAGACCCAGAGCUCCAGCUAAGCACCACGCAAAAGUUCAGAAAGCUACUCUCCAAAGAGCCCAACCCCCCCAUCGAUGAGGUCAUCAACACACCGGGGUUGGUGGAGCGCUUUGUGGAGUUCCUGAAGCUGAGUGUCAACUGCACACUGCAGUUCGAGGCGGCGUGGGCGCUGACCAACAUCGCGUCGGGAACGUCCAUGCAGACGAAGACGGUGAUCGAGGCCGGGGCGGUGCCCGUCUUCAUAGAGCUCCUCAACUCUGACUUUGAGGACGUCCAGGAGCAGGCGGUCUGGGCCCUGGGUAACAUCGCCGGGGACAGUGCGGUGUGCCGGGACUAUGUGCUGAACUGCAACAUCCUCCCACCACUAUUAAUGCUUCUGACCAAAUCCACCAGACUGACCAUGACCAGGAACGCCGUCUGGGCGCUGUCCAACCUGUGUCGAGGGAAGAACCCGCCGCCUGCCUUUGAAAAGGUGUCCCCCUGCCUCCCGGUGCUGUCCAGGCUCCUGUUCAGCAGCGACCCCGACCUGCUGGCGGACGCCUGCUGGGCCCUGUCCUACCUCUCAGACGGACCCAACGACAAGAUCCAGGCCGUCAUCGACUCGGGGGUGUGCCGGCGCCUGGUGGAGCUGCUCAUGCACAGCGACUAUAAGGUGGCCUCUCCUGCUCUGAGAGCUGUGGGGAACAUUGUGACCGGGGACGACAUCCAGACACAGGUGGUGUUGAACUGCUCGGCGCUGCCCUGCCUGCUGCACCUCCUCAGCAGCGCUAAAGAGUCCAUCCGCAAAGAGGCCUGCUGGACCAUCUCCAACAUCACCGCCGGCAACAGGGCGCAGAUACAGACGGUGAUCGACGCCAACAUCUUCCCGGUGCUCAUCGACAUCCUGCAGAAGGCAGAGUUCAGGACCAGGAAGGAGGCCGCCUGGGCCAUCACCAACGCCACCUCGGGAGGCACGCCCGAGCAGAUCAGGUACCUGGUGAACCUGGGCUGCAUCAAGCCCCUGUGUGACCUGCUGACCGUCAUGGACUCCAAGAUCGUGCAGGUGGCUCUGAACGGCCUGGAGAACAUCCUCCGUCUGGGGGAGCAGGAGGCCAAGCAGGAGACCAGCGGAGCAGGGGUCAACCCCUACUGCAGCCUCAUCGAGGAGGCCUAUGGUCUGGACAAGAUCGAGUUCCUCCAGAGCCACGACAACCAGGAGAUCUACCAGAAGGCCUUCGACCUGAUCGAGCACUACUUCGGCGUGGAGGAGGACGACGUGGCGGGCCUGGUGCCGCAGGUGGACCAGGCCGGCCAGCAGUUCCUCUUCCCCCAGCAGGAGGCCCCCAUGGAGGGCUUCCAGCUAUAACUCCCCCGGCCCCCCAUCCUCCAGGGUACAACCAGAGGGCACCCCUGUACCGUCUGACGCCCUCCCUCUCUCCCAUGUGUGAGGUCCCAUCUCCCCCAUCUACCUUCCCCCCCCCCGCCCCCGCCCUAUCCUGCAGCCUCCGGUCAGCCCUGCUCGUCGCCAGGAGCGCUGACCUUUAAACGAUCCUACCUAGUCUGAAGAAAUACCCAACUCAAACGGUCCGAGGACACAAUCACCUUGACAAAGGCCAGCGCGAGCAAGUGCGUCGUGGACAUCUCUUCAACGUGCUGACAUGCCAUGGCUCAUAGGGGUCAGCGUAAGGCUUCCUCUCUCUGGAUCACGGGCCUCUUCCUGCUCUGGGACCCCCCCCCCCCCCCCCGUGGAGAGCUCUGAGGGUCCUGAGGUUGCAGGGCCAAAAAAUUGAUGAAUUCAUGGUCCUUUCUUUGCCUCGAGGGAGGGUUGUUGAAUCAUGCUUUUCUUUUCCUAUGUUCUGCGUUUGAGGAUUAGUUUGGUAGCCCUCCCUGGUUCCUGGGUGUGGAGCAGCGUUUGGGUUCUGCCACAGUGGCCGUAGAUUCAGGGCUGGUCUCUCAAGGUAAGAGAGCAACCGCCUCUAGGGGGCGUUGCUCCUCCCCAUGGAAACACUGGGAGGGGGCGGGGCUAGUCCGACAGAGGCGGAGCCAUGCCAUUUUGAGUUGACGGGAUGAGUUACUCCCUGAUUUUGCUUUUCGGAUAGUAGAUAGAGUGGGGGGGGGGGCUGGGGUUGAAGGUGAUGAAGUAAGAUGUCAUUUAGGUUGAGGUGGUUCAGGUUUUGGGGGUUGGUGUUAUGGGGUGGGGCGGGGGGGGGGUCUAAUGUUCGUGGUGUGCCGUGUUAUUAAUAAUGAACCCUUUGGAUUAUGAAGUUCUCUUGACUAAUAAGAUAGAGCAUGGCUGGUGGUCAGCCUGCAGGGGCGGGGGGUGUUACCGGGACCCCGUGGGGGGCUUAUAGGGUGCAUGCGUUUCUACGGUGAUGUCAACCACACUCGGACCCGGAGGUUACAGAGGUGUCAUGGAGUGCAAACCGGUGUCACUCACGAAACCAAUUUUGCGCUGCUGCUUCUACGCAGCGGUGCGCGUGGUCGACGGUCCACCGGGGAUGUCUUUACCUUUGGAGUCUGUGGCCUAAAGGGGCAGACUAGGUGAUGGCUGUUUGUCCCACAGGACACCUCUGUGAAGGCUCCGUGAGCGUGGCUCUGCUGCGACCCCUCCCCGUCUCCUGCAUGGCGUUUAUGACCCUACUCCAAGUCACACUAUAUCCCUGGCCAAACUCGGUGGCAGACUCGUACUACACAAUAAGAGCGUCAAUGCAGUGGUACACCUGGAGGACUCCCACUGGACAGGUUGCAUCUAGCGGGUGGUUUUUGAGUUUCUUAUUUUGGUGCUGGUGUGGUCCCAGUGGUAGCGAGGGUGUGUUGUACAGCAGUUGAUAGAUAUCUAACCUUAAUGAUUCUUGGUUACCUUUAUCGUGGAGAAUGGCUUUGACAACUGGUGAUGAUGUUGCAUGGGUCCAUUGUAAUAUAUAAAGGUGUGGGUAUAUAUUCAAAUCACUGGCUUACAACGUGUAGUACCAACUAGGGUCUGGCUAGGGAUACGUCUUAUGUGAUGAGCCUAAACCUCCAAAACAAAACUUAAGUUGUAUAGAGCACACAUUACACGCACACUUGCAUCCAACACCAGCAGACACUGCACACACACCUUACCCAUGAGUGGGUUCUCGCAUUUGACAAUGGUUUCCUCGAUGACGGGUUUUACAGUGCACUCCUCUCCAAGGGGGGGAGGGGGAAAGCUAUGCACACGUUAUUCUGUUCCUCUGUCAAAAUGACCUGUAUUCUAGGAUACCUUUUUCAUUUGCGAGCCACUUGACAUGAGAGGAUUUCAGCCUCGUAAACCCUGAUCCCAGGUCAGCUGCCCUCCUGCCGCGGGUCACCACAGGCCCACUGGGGGAGGCCCAGCGGAACUGGGAUCAGCGUUUCUCCGGGCACAACGGUCUGCUAGUGUGAUGUUUGACUGACAGGCACUGCGUGAAGACGGAUAUAUUCAUUUUGUUUUACGACCCCCUUAAGGAGCGCUUAUUCAGUGGAUCAAACCCCACUGCUGGGACUCGGCGUGCAGGCUCGACUGUGGCUUUGGUCUGAGCUUAAUGCAGUGUGUGUGCUUUGUAUGGAUCUAAUAUCUAUAUGGUAAUCACAUGCACACACACACACCGAAACAUUACAUCAGAUUCUAAUUGAUGAACCUUAUUGGGGAUCAUCCCGGCCAACAGACGCCCAGCAGCAGCAGCAGCACGGUCUAAUGGCAGGGGAGACCGUCUCUGUGCCUGUCACUCUGCCGGUCUGGAGAUCCACAGUAGGCGUGUUCCUACCAGGCUGGAGAGGUUCAGCGGUGGACGCCGUCGAGUGGGCGGUUAGCCGCGCCCCGUCGCUCACGGCCUCAACGGCAGCGCGCUGCGUCCGCCGAGCAGCAUUUAUAUCGAUGGACUUUGGUUUAAUUUCCACUUCUGGUCAAGAUCCUCAAAGAAUUUCCGGAGUGGCAAAGAAAACAUGCUCACGAAAGAAGAAUCUAUAAAAAAAAAAAGAAAAUAUUUAUAGUUUAAGAAAUGCACUCCUAUUCACUAAAGUGCCAAACCCGACCAACAACAGACUGAGAUUCCUAGGUUUCUGACUGAUAGACUUUUUUUCCUUUUUAUUUUCUUCUUUUUGUCCUUUUUGUACUUGAAUGUGCACACGUUUUGUGCAAAACAUUGCUGCUCUCCUUAUCUCAACAUUUCAUUAUAUUGCCAUUUAUUCUUUCUAUAAGUGGUAUUCUUCACCAAACAGGAAGUAAAUCAGGACGCAGGAUGUGACUUCAUUGUUCGGGGCAACAAAGGGCUUAAUGAUUGCGUCACAUUGCGAACUCCGAGUAGUGUCCCACUUCUUCCAGUGUUGUUGUGUUGUGGCUCAGGGGGACCCCACCACCCCCGGCAUUCCCAGUGACACGGUGACAUUGGCUGACCCACUGGGUCGGCUUGGGUAAUUAACAUGAGGUUCAUCAAUGCGGCCAAUAUCCACUUCCCAACACUGUUCAGAAAAGGUUUGUCACCUCUUCUCAAGAGCACAAGAUGCAUGGCUGGGAUCCUCAGCCAGGCUUGUCCACCCCUAUUUAGUGCUGCCCUAGUGAGCUGGUUAUCUCAGCAAAGCGGGCUCCCCUAAGCCCAACAUAUCUUUAAAGGUGGUGUUUGAGCGUUGUGUUUCUUUUUGGCAAAUUGCUGCAGUGUAUUUGUUGUUUAUGUGGGUCAUCAACAAAAGCUGUUUUGUGCGAGCGCUGCAGGAAGCCGUGCGCUACGUCAACGUACUCCCGCAGAGGGCUCUGCCCUCGACGAUACCGACCGCAGACGCAACAACCAGAGAGACGGGAACACGUUUUUCAUACUUUGAGUUGAAGCAAACUGAAGGAACUUCAUGAUUUUUUUCGUAAAUUAUGCAGUGAUUGACAUUAUAAAAAAAAGUAAAAAUUGGAGCUGAUCUAUGUGUGUUUUCUGAUACUUGGACGUGUAUUCUGGUGGACUUCCAAUCACUUCUGAGAAGUGGAGAAAGGACCUUCAGGAUGUCCUGGUCUCAUUAGGGUCUUCAAACAAUGGGAGAUGGUACAUGAAAGGUUUUGGUUUUUGUUAAUUUGAUUAGUUUACCUUCCUCCCUAAUCAGGAUAUCCUGGUUUACAAUUUUGAAUAUCUACAUCAUAGGUAGGAUCUUUAAUUUUUUUGUUGGUCAUUUUCGUGUGGUCGCAGAAUACUGUAGGAGGUGUUCUCUGAGGGGCUGGUUCCAAGGUCUCUACCCCUAGUUAGACAUGUCUUCCGUCCUAUAGGAAUAACCAUUGAUGUCUCUUGUCAAAAAGGAAAGCGAUGCUUAGCUUGGUCAAGUAAUGUCUAUGCUACAAAUGUUUACAAUGCUAUGUGUUUGUGAAAUAGGUUUCAUGUCAUCACGGACCUGUCCUAACUUCCCUUCUCUGCUUCAGUCCUUUCCCGCCCCCUUUUUUAAAUGUAUUUAUUUCUCUUCAGAUGGCUUUAAUGUCUGAUCCCAUUCUUAACUGUGACUUGACUUUACCGACGGUAUGAAUGAGUGACGAGAUAACUUCGAAAGAACAUGACACCCAAACAUGAACAAGAAAAAAUUACAAGCAUACAAAACCAUUAACAAUAUUAGAAAUGUAAAAAAAAGAAAAAAAAAGUAUAUUAAAUAAAAAAUUGUCCAGUGGAAAUGCUGUACAAAACGAAUAAAGUUAUGUUGCAACCCUUU